GAUUAAGUGUCUCACUUCGGAUUUUGCGUUGGUCUGAAUUGGAUCAUUGAUUCGAUAAAGAUGGCAGUGAGAGGCGUUUUAUUGGUGGUUUUAGCAGGCGUGACCUUGACAUGGGGUCAAGGCACCCAGGUCACUGUGGAGCAUCCCAUCUUGGGACAAAUUGUGGGACAGCAGGGAGUCACUUCGAGAGAUCAGACGGCUUAUUGGACAUUCCAUGGAAUUCCAUACGCCGAUAGUGAUUCGUACAUGGGAGUCAAUCGAUUCAAGCCAGCCCAAGUCCAUCGAAAACCUCUGACCGAAAACGGUGAACCGUUUUACGCCAAAGAGAUCUUUUCUCUCUGUCCGCAAGAGGCGAUCCUGGAUAUUCCGGGAUCACGAGACGACCCGUCUGCCGAGCAGUACUCGAAACCCGUUGACCUCGUCGAGAUCAUGAGAGCGAUUCACACCUCGAGAAAACAACGUGGCGACAAGUUCCGAAGCAUUUCAGGGAGGUCAGAAAGGAGGCGAAUCUUCCAAGAAGAGCCCGUCAAAGAGAUGGGAAACGAAGACUGCUUGACCCUGGCGAUAAACACGCCCAAAAUUCCAGCAAACCCGGACGAGGAGGAGUUACUUCCGGUCGUCGUAUUUUAUCAUGGUGGUGGUUCCGACAGUAUUUGGGGCUCUGCUUUCACCGGGCUGAGAAUGAUGGAGGACAAAAUUGUCCUCAUCACGCUCAAUUAUCGUUUGGGCGUUCUCGGAGCCUUGAAUCUUGGCACGGACGAUGCUCCCGGAUGUGCAGGAAUGUACGACACCGUCACCGCGUUGGAAUGGGUUCAAGAAAACAUCAAGUAUUUUGGUGGAGAUCCGAAUCGUGUCACGGUCACUGGACAAUCUGCCGGAAGUAUGAUAGUCGGCAACCUUCUGACAACUCCCCUCACCAAGGACAAAAACCUCUUUCAUGGCGUUUGGGGAUUUUCCGGAGCUGCUAUCAGCGUGUGGGCCGUAUCGGAAGAGCCCGCGAUCGAUAACCAUCUCGAAAUCGCAGAACUUGCCGGUUGUUACGAUCCCGAAACUCAAACUCGCGCUGAUAUCCCAGCCGUUACAGCGUGCAUGCAGACCGCAUCGCUGCAAACUUUGGUUAAUGCCCUCGCAAUUUGGCGUCACGAGGAGGAAUCUGUCGGAAGGUUGGGAUUUGACGCGAAAAUGCCAAGCAUUCAGUCGCCCGGGUUGACCGUUCCUUACUUCAUGCCACAACAUCCGUACGAAGUUUUGGAAAAAUUGGAACAGCGAAAUGUUCCAGUCGUCUUUGGGGCGACGAAACAUGACGGAACGUUCGCUCUGGACGAUAUCGUGACCAACUUUAUCUUGCCGAACGAGCUGGAUAAAAAUGAGACGUACAUGAGGAACGAAUUGUUGCCGAAUUUGCUGAAAAAUUUGGGAAUUCGUGACGCGAGUGGGGAGUUGUACCACACGAUGGUGAACACGUACUUGGGCGAUGCCGCACAUACAGGAACGUUGGAGGAUAAAUUGCCCGGAAUGACUGAUAUGGUGACCGUGAUGGCUUUUAAAGCCCCGCAAUACGAGACGCUCAAAUUCCAGUCGAGGCUGACGAGGCACGCGUAUUUUUACAGUUUGGACUACGUGGGUCGCUGGACGCUGUACGAGCUCAUUCUUGGACGCCACUACAUUCCGGGAGGAAUUGCGCACACGGAUGACUUGAUCUACUUUUUCUGGUUGGGACCACUUAUCAACGAAGACAUGAAAGUGAGCAGACGCUGGAUGAAGUAUUUUAUCAACUUCGUGAACCACGGUGAUCCGAACGGUGCAGACGGAUCCGCCGUGAUUUGGGAACCUUACGACCCACUGACGCAUCCCUACAUGAAGCUCGACCGUCACGACAAGAUGGUUUACGACGCCCCGAACCACUGGGUGGGCAACUCGGACGAGCUCUUUGUCGACUGGACUCCCCCCGUGGACCCGUCCCCCACUCCAACCAUUGAUCCACCAACGGGAUCAACCACACCGCCACCGACGGGACCCACCACACCACCACCAACGGGAUCAACCACACCGCCACCGACGGGACCCACCACACCACCACCAACGGGAUCAACCACACCGCCACCGACGGGACCCACCACACCACCACCAACGGGACCCACCACACCGCCACCGACGGGACCCACCACACCACCACCAACGGGAUCAACCACACCGCCACCGACGGGACCCACCACACCACCACCAACGGGAUCAACCACACCGCCACCGACGGGACCCACCACACCACCACCAACGGGACCCACCACACCGCCACCAACCACACCGCCAGCUACUGGACAACCAACGACGACGACGACGACACAACCAACCCCAACAACAACCGAACCUACGACAACGACAUCGUCUGGAUUGGCAACGAAUGUCAGCGUCCUUGUCCUUUUCAUUGUUGCGCUUUUUUCCGUAUUUUUUAAGCCUUAAUUUAAAAAAAACACAAAUUAAUUAUUCAGUGUGCAAAAUGAAUUUUAAAAGUCGUCGAAAGAGAUCCAUGCAGUUUUAUUGUUUCUGCAUACAAAUAUUGAAAUAAAAUGGGUGAAAGUGGUCCACUGGCAAAAACAUAAA